AUGAAGUUUCCUGCUACAACUGAAUUUCCUGGCUUGAAUAAAGAUUCUCGAGACCUAAGACCCGACACGAAGUCUGCAAAACAGGUAAAUAUAAAUUAUAUUUUACCUUUAAGAUAGGUGAUAACGACAUGUGAUUAUGUUUUAAUAUAUCUGAAUCCCUGCACACAUGCCGACUCUUUGAAAUAAUUGCUAAGUGUAAGCUUGUUAAAUGGAAUUACGCUAUAGAAGUCAGGUUCUGUAUUAAAAAUUUUCAGUGGUUUCGGCCAGCUUGCCAUUUUUUUUCCAAGAAAUUUCUUCUUCCAACUAGUCUUCCAAAUCGACAAAAGUGGACUAUUCAGAGUUUGGAAACUUUGCAACAAUGAUGAUUUUGGACCCAAGUGCACGCUGAAAUUUUUUAUUCCUACAUCCCAAGCUCGAUCAGUUCCUGUAGUCGAUUCUGUCAAUUUCUCAAAUCCUUAUCCAGAGAAAACAUCCCACUCGCGAAAGUAGCUUCCUUUAUAAUAAAAUGCGAAGCCCCAGCAAAGCUGGUGGUCUUAGUCCUAACCACGAUUUAAGUGAAAAGAAGCCUAUUGGCAAGACAGAAUACAAUGGCAUUUGUAAAGAGGCAAGAGAAGUCUUUAAUCAAUGCCAUGUCCACACGACAAGACCCUUUCAUUAAUUAUACAAAGUUAAUUCUGGAUGAUUUGUGAAAAGUCGUUAAUCAAUGCCAUGUCCACACGACAAGACCCUUUCAUUUAUUAUACAAAGUUAAAUUCUGGAUGAUUUGUGAGAAGCCUUUAAUCAAUGCCAUGUCCACACGACAAGACCCAUUCAUUAAUUAUACAAAGUUAAAUUCUGGAUGAUUUGUGAGAAGUCUUUAAUCAAUGUCAUUUCAACACGACAAGACCCUUUCAUUAAUUAUACAAAGUUAAAUCCUGGAUGCCUAUUGGCGGACUGUGGUGUGUUCUGAAUGACUUAUUCCCUCGAGCUCAGUAUCCAUUUUAUGAAUUUUAUACAGUUAUUUUUCCAUAUUUUACCUCUACUCCUUGAACUCACAUCUGUCCUAUCUUUCCUCUGAAAGCAUCUUCAAUUCAAUUUCAUCGCUCUUUGGGGGGCAAAAUAGGUUUUUUGCUUUCUGAAUCCGAUGCCGUUGUUCUUUUAAAAAUCGUCGUCGCUUUUGAGUCGAAAAUCACAAAUAACAAAAAUAACAAAAGUUCUAGCAGGGGCGGAUCUAGGGGGAGGGUGCAGGGGGUGCGCACCCCCCCCCCCUGAGAUGACCUGCAGUUUUCUAAUACAACUGGUUUUCUGCAAAAAAAAAGAACUAUGUGGUUUAUUGGUGUUGAAUUAGAGCAAGAGACGAGUGCACCCCCUCCUAAAAGGAAUCAUGGAUCCGCCCCUGUCUAGUUUAGAGAUUUCUUGUUCAUGAAUGAACGCACUCGCCACGGUCUCAUGUGGUAAUAAUUUUCUUGUUCAUUCUACUGUCAAUAAGUGCGAUGAGUUUAUUUGCCAGUAAAACUUUCACAUAAGUCACUAGCCCUUAAAUUUUUACAACGAGGACACUGACUGAUUUUCAUUACCUCUGCCUCUGUUUCGUAUGUUUAAUUUAUAUGCAGCCCAAUUCGUUCUUGCUUAAGCAUUGAAUUAGUGUCCUUUCAGCUCAAUCACACUGUCAACAGAGAUAAAUAUUGUGUUCUGGCCGGCUGACUAACUCAGUUCUUAGUCGAUGUUUUCUUUCUCGUCCGACAUGCUGCGUUCGCGUGCAAGAUUCACUCGCGUGCAGUUAAAAGCGAUUUAGAUAAUACCUCGCUCUCUUACAGCUCAUUCAGGCUGUCAAAGUACUAACAAAUUGCGAACUCGAACCUUAAGUUCAGCUGUUAAUGAGUCCGUAUUUACCCUCCGUCCUAUAUAAUUUAUAAACAAAGGCAAUUUAGAUACCGCAAACUGGUAAAUACUGCCCUUUAUCUGCACCAAGAAAGUGGCGUCGUAUUGGCCCAAUAUCUUCGCCACACAGACGCUAUUCUAAGGAGGGGUGGGGUCACAAUGUCGAUAUUUUGAUGAUAAUAAUAGUGCGAUAAGAUCACCGGUCAAUCACCCACGCUUCCCUAUUAAUUUGUUUCAGUACGUUCGUUUACUUUAGUGUGAUAAGAUGAAAAAGAUAAUAGACAAAUUUGACUAAAGAUAACCGGUCGGGAAUAAUUAAACAUCCGUCGGGAUGUUGUACGUCUCGUGAAACCGCCAGGUUCGAUUAACGCCGUCUCCAUGUCCGUUCUUUGAUCUUGAAUGCGGGCUCAUUUUCCCGAUCGAGCCUAGGUAACCGCUCGCGCUUGCAUCGUACUACUCUCAGAGGUGGAAAAAUGUGACGUAUUUUGGCCUCUAGUCAAGUGUAGGUUCGAUUACCAGCAGCUGAAAAAGCUUUUUAUCAGUAGUGAAAAGCUGAUGCUUUGCCUUCUUGUUGCCUUAAGUAAUUUUCAUUGUUAAGAAUAUUCUUAAUUUCGUCUAAAUAGUUUUGUCACAAUCCGUAACGGUCUCUUUUGAUCACUUUUGAAAGACCGCACCCGAGAGAGUGGGGGAAAUCGAACCUCCGUCAAGUGAGGAUCUAAUGAUAGAGCUCGUCGUUGGUGGGCUUCAAGCUUUCAGUCUUAGUUGCUGUUAAUGGUAUUGCAAAUAAGCUUAUUGAAAACGAGUCUGAUUUCCCUGUGGUUGUAUUUCAGUCUGAGAACUCAAGGUGUCUGAAUUUAUGUAAAAAGAGACUUUUGUGGUCUGACCAUAAAUAUGCGCUGAGGUUUAUUACGCUGCACGACUCUCACUUCGAGGAGAGCUUCAAGCAUUUGAGCUUGUGGAUUGAAUCCCAAGUUUGAUUUUCCAAAUAGAAACUAUCGAGCAUUACUUUUGCUGAGUUUUUCUUAAACCUAAGGUGUCCAAGAAAUAACAGGUCGUGAAACAACCCGGAAGAUGACUGCAAAUCCCAACUAGACAAUAGAAGAAGUAUUUCGGUCAUUUCAGAAGUGAUCAAAGUCAUGAAACGCUCGUGACAAAAGUAUCUUCCUGCUGUCUAACAUGUGCAAGGUCACGAUUUAGUUGUUUUUGUGUCUGGAACAUGUGAUGCAUUCAGUGCUUAAAAAUGUGCAUCCGCGUUCAGCGAACUCAAUGUUUCCGGGACGGUCCUCCUCUGUUAAAUCAUUCACUUGAUUAUUCCAGAACAUUGACGAUGGUAAUCACUGUCCCUUAUACAAAAGGUUCAAGUCAGUGUGACACUGAACCGAACACGCACGUCAUACUUCAAACAUCCAAUAAACCGCACAUUGUUAAAAAUACAUGAGAGAUACAUGAACCAAUAAAAAGAAAGUCUGCGUCCAGUAUUAAUACACCAUUAGAGCCUCGCAUAUCUUCCAAUAAAUCAAUAAAAAUCAACACAAAAAUCUUCAAUGAAUAAACAGUUCGAUUUCCCGUGAUACGCCUCAUAGAAGCUCAUAGACGGCAAUGCAAAGUUUCUUCCUGUUGGUCCACUAGAACCGCUUACACACCUAAGUGCAACAUAUUACGGUAUAAGGAUCUCUAAGUCACUGUUACAUCACCAAGCCUCAUGCCCCCUUAUGCACUCAAUUAAUGCUUCCACUUAAUCCUAUAGUGCUCCGGCGAGAAGGUCGAUUUACCGGAGACCAGUACAACUCAGGCUUAACUGGGUAUUGAGUCAGUGUUCGAUCGAACAAGAAUUUAUUCGCACAGAAUACAACAGUAUAGUUAUAUAACUAACCUGAGAAGUGAGUUUGUUUACUGAUAACAAGAACAAGAAAUACUGAGGACUACUUACUUUCUCGACUGCUGAGCCGAAAGCUAAUCCAGGCAGGGAAAGAUUAAUUCAAAAGGGCUUAAAGUAAUAAAAUAAAAGUAACCGAUUACGGAAACUCAGCUAGGGAUAACAAUGCAAUAAGUGCAAAUAAACUAAGGAAAUGAAAUGAAAUACAUCAAAACAUUACGCUUUCGGUUUAGGGUGAUUUGCUAAAACGUUUAAUUAUCAGUUGAGAAACUCUUUUACAGAACCGUGGCAUUCUCAAACUCUUAAGUUUCACUGAGAAGCAUCAGUAUUUGCUUAAUGUUAAGAUUUAGGCUUCUUAAAAAGUAUAUAUCUCUAAAUUUGCUGUGAGCGAAGUAAAGAACCAAUUCAGGUUGCCAAUUCUUGAACUUGAAACUUGACAACAACAACACGGUAUAAGUUAUCAACUAAUUAGGACUAUGUACAAUAUUUGGAAAAUAUGGGCUAUUAAAUAGAUAUUAACUGAAAAAAGCACUGAGUCCGAUAUAUAAAAUGUAUCAAAUUUACAUUCUUUUGGUAAAUAGUAAGUGUAAGGUCUAUAUAUCUCAUAUGACAAGGCUAUCUUAAGAUCUCUUGAAGGCAUCAUACUAUCUCGUACACGCAGGUAUUGCCUCUGAAAAAGGCCCGGGAAACGGGUAGUAUUCGUUUUUCCCAUCCCACAAAGGACAGAAAUUACCUAAAAAUUAAUUAUUAUUGCUUCGCUUCGCGACGGUAUUGCUCGUGACUUCACUUUCGAUUGACUUCCUCGGCUCCUUUUUUCAACGAUUGCCUCAAUAGUGUAAGUUUCUAAUUGACGUCUUAGGAGAAUAAAGAUUUAUUAUAGCAGCUGUAACUAUUCAGUCAUAGAAAAUAAGUUUCAUAACUUAUGCUCUGGUAUGUCAUAAGCUUCACAGAAUAUAAGACUUCAUUUCCUAACUAGUAAAUUUCUGGAGUGGACCACGGAGCAACAAAAUCGUUAUGACCCGUUAUCCAUAGCUGGGAUACCUAGCUAGCGAGCAGUGGUUUCCACAGGACAAAAUAUUCUCACAGUCUCGGAUCCAACAGUUUUGUAAUGUUCAAUCUUGUUCGAUGACGACAAACAUUGCCUUAAAAGGGCCGGAGAUAAAUAUUUAUGAUGACACUAAACUCAAGAGUGGGCCAUUGCGUUCAUAAAAAUACUCCGCCUUCUUGUUAUUUAGAGCAAUAUCGUAACAAUUCAAAGACUAACGUUGACUGCCCACGCCACUGAUUCUUCUUUAAUUCAUCCCUAAGAAUGAAGUACAGUGUACGUAAUGCCUUUUUUCUAUUCAGUCAUUCAGAAUACUAAUUUUGAACCAUAAAUAACUAUCUAAGGACGAAAUUCAUCACUUUUUCUUAAAGCGCAAAACUAGUUCCUAAAAAUCAGUAUAAUUUGUAAUAAAAACAAUUAAGCAAGUUUGACCUCUUAUCUAAAAUAAUCAACAACAUUCUUUAACGGACGAGUGACGAAAAGAAAUUUGUAAACAGAGUUGUUGAAAGUUCAAGGUAAUUUCCUUUUACAUCCCACAAUUUAAGGGUUUGUAUUAUCUUCAGCUCUUAUGCAAUUUUUUGUGAACAAUUUCCUUUUCUUUCUUGUUGACUGAUGUAAUGUGCCAAAUAGGCCUUUUGCUGAUGCUAUAUUUUGACGUUGCCAUAGUUACCAAUCACUGGUGCUUUUCCUUUUUUCUUCCUUCUUUUAGGGAAACUUUUGAACUUUGUAUAAAAACAGAGAGAGUUAGUUUGAAAAAGAGGGUCUAGAAAAGCGUAAAAAUGGUUCGAUUCCAUACUUAUUUUUUGGAUGUCAUACGAUACUGUGGCUGACACGCCCCAGUGACUAUUUUUCCCUAACGAAAGUGAAGAAUAAAUCUAGGCCUUUCAAUUUUUGAAAGAAUGCACUUGACUUUCCCUUUAUCUGAACUUUUGCCAAAAAAAGUUGCAACGUAAGAUGGUCAUUAUAGCAAAAACUAAACGGAUAUUCAUCCAUGACUGAUAUGACAGCUUACACGGGCUGACAUCAUUCAGAUUGUCAAAACUUGUUGUUUAUUUUACACCCUAAUGCUCAAAUAAUCAGCCCCCAUAACUGAUGAAAUUGAAGAUAUGAAGCUUUAAGCUAUAAUACCUGGGGCUAAGACCUCUUACUCUGUCACCCAUUAAUCUUUUAAGAUGUAAUAGCCCACGAGCAAGAAAAUAACCUCAGAUCAGUUUGCCAUUAUUCAGUAAAUGUCGAAGGAAACAUAGAAAAAGAAACUUAAAGGAUUCUGAGUGAUCUUGCUUCUAAAAUUUCAUGCCAUAUGCAGGCUGAAUCUUUAAUACUUUAUUCGUAAAAUUUAAGUUUAAAAUAUGGAUAAAAACUUGACCAACUGGGUUUUAAGCUGCGUGGGCAUGAUGCAUUGUUAUGGAUUACCAGCUAACCCUUACCCCUUGCUGGGCAAAAGAGGAUGAAAAAAUGUUCCAUAUUUAGGCCCAGAGAGGCCAAAAUUAGAUCCUUUUUGGAAGCAUUUUUUCGCGCUGACGUUCCCAAGUCAAAAGACCGUCUGAAGGUUAAAGACUAUCGCUUUUAAACCUGAAGAGGAAAAGAAGAAGAUUAAAUUGGCGACAAGAGAAGGUAUGCCUGAAGAAAAAAUUGAAUCGGCCUUAUGUAAUUUGUUCUCAAAUGAAAGUGAGACAAUAGUGAGCUAAAAGGUCAAGUUAGUUGAUGGUUUGGAAUUUAAAUUAUUACUGUUUUUAACAAAUAUUAAGACGCCUUAAAGCCAUGGACAGCUGGCACUAACAAUUUGUCUAUAAUUCGUGAUUCGGACGUGCUGUGAUUGAACUGUAAACGACUUGGACAUCUAAUUAAAACAACCCUUGUUUGUAUAAACAGUUGUGCAAGAAAAAAGCACAACCUCUAUUAUACUUCUUACUACUUAAUAGCCGUGGUCGGGUUAACAGCAGAAAGUUUAUGACUUAAAACGCCAGAACAAAGCCAGCGUGGGUCCGAAUGAUCAAGAACUGAAGAAGUGUUCGAGAAGAAUGUGAAAGGUGUGUCUAUCGGAGGAGGCUUUGAUAUUGAUUCUGUACAUUUCAUAGAAAACACUCAAGUCGCGUCGGUGGAGCGCUUUCUUUUCCAAGCCAAUUUAAAAUUCAAUUAUCCAUUUUUUUGCCGCAAAACUUUACCCUCAAAGUACAUGCGAAAGCAACGUUAUUUCAAAAACGCAAAAUAUUACCUUUAAAAGGUUUACGCGGCGACUCAACACCACGAAAGUGAGACAAAGUAGCGCCGAUUGUCGUUGAUGAGUUUGCACUGCUGUGGGAAGCUCCAGCUUUUAUGGAGCGAAAUCAGAGUUUUAUUUGCAAAAAUUUAAUCACACGUGCCAGUUCCAAAUCAGAGGUUUUAGACCUAACAUAUUUUUUUUAGGUGAUAAUAUUUAUAUUUUUUCGGUGCCAAGGACACGAAGAGAAAUCUUGUCGCAUUUUGCAAUUAUGUAUAGCUUGAGGGCAAAUUCUAUUGUGCAGAAAAACAAUUAGUGCAGUGGAAUGUCUACAGCUGGCUCGUGUUCAACUCCCGCCAACAUCCCGCCAGCCAUACUUUAGACGUGACUAAGACGAAAUUCGAGACCACCAAGAAGCCAAAUUUGGACUGCAAGAACGACAAGUAUCUGAAAGAAAGAAAAAGCAAUUUCCGGUUUCCUGUUUCCCCAAGAAUUGCAGUGUUGAAGAUUUGAAAAUCUGACUUAGAUAUUUGGUCCGGAGAUGUUAAGUAAAUGUUUUGAAACAACAACAGGUCGCGCGUAAAAGUGUAAGCACAUUUUAUACAGUACUUUAUUUCCAAAGGAAGUUGUCGAGUUCUCAAUGACGUCAUUGACAAGUGUCAAUGUUUCCGGCUGCUAAAUCGAUCCCGCCCAAAUUGAACUUGAGUGACUUCAGCUUUGCGCCUUGAGGCGAAAACAUCGAGAAAACAUCGCUGAGGGAAUGAUGAAGUAUGGUGCAUAAAUAUAUAGAAUUUGUUUUACUAAAAGACCACAUUGAAUCUAAAUUCGCCUUGGUUGAGAAACGUGUCAACUAUUUAUUCGAUGUCAGGCUAGAUCUAAGCGGAGAAGAGGACAAUUUGCGAUGUUGGGUGAAACUAGAGGGCAAUGAAAAUGACAUUCAUCGAGCUAAGGUUCGCCAAGGAUGCUGAAUGUUUUCUCUUGGUAGAGAUUUUAGGUAUUUUGAGGUUAUGUGGUUUAACUACAGCUUUCUAAACGCUGUCUCUUUCUUCUUGCAGGAAUAUAUCAUAGGCGUUUGUUCGCCACGCUCACCGGUGUCUUCCCUCGACGACGACAAUAACAACAGCACUCAUUGCUUGGCAAAACAAACUUCAUCUGUGAACCAGAUCAAUAAUAACCAGAGUGAUCGCGACACUUUCAAUCAUCAGGAGAUUUCAAACAGUUCAACUUUUGGCCUAGAAAGACUUAAUCUUGGCAAUUCACGUUUAGAACAUACUUCGCGGGGCGAAAAUUUAGAAGCUCAUAGCACGCAAUCCACCAAAAGAUCGGAAUGUGCUUAUCCAGCAAACCGCAGCGAAGGCGAUAGAGCCGGCGAAAAGGAGCAGCUAGUGCAAGAAAUUAUGGUCGCCCCAAGAGCGACUGAAGCUGAAAAGAGAGUGAGCGAAGAGACUGAUGAGGCUUUGAGAGAUUUUGCCCUCAAGUUGGGCUACAGUCAGGCUGUUAUUAGCGCUGCACUUAGCAAACUUGGACCAUCAGCGGAUAAAAAUGCUCUGCUUAACGAACUUUUGAAAGCUGAAUCGUCUUUAAAACAACUGGAGGAAGGUUCUUCAAAUGUAUCCAACGAGAAACCUCAUCCUGCACCCGAAGAUGCGUCUUGUCUUCGUCCGAUCGUGAUCGAUGGGAGUAAUGUGGCCAUGAGGUAAGUAUAAAAACGUUACAUUGAACAAAAAAACGUUCUUAAGUAUUUCCUUUACAUCCCUGUUUAUAGAUGAACUUCUUAUUGUUGAAAACGUCCGAUUUUAUCUCUCGCGAAAUCGCUUCGAGAACAACCAAUCGAGCACUUCAAUCGAACGACAGUUCUGUUUGCACAAAAACACGUACUUUGUGGUGUAUGAAUGGAAUGCUGUAAUUAAUUGAGGGAAGAUAUGAAAACACGUCCCUUUCAAAAUACACAGCACUUUGCACAAACGUUGCCUAUGAUGGAAAUUUUACACUGCCGUUUGUUGCUAUUAAUCAAUUAAUCGUCUGAUGUACAAUUAUUUGUGGCGGAAGGAAUACUUUCAAUUGUUACACGUGCUCGCGAGAACACAUCUUUAUGUAAUUCAUUUAAAUUCAUGUAUUUUGCAUUAAACAAAAGACUUUAAAAGAGAUACGUUUCAUAUUUCUAAUAUCCUUCUUAAGGAAACAGCCUGUGAAAACUUUUUUUUCUGUUAACGAAAUUGGACUUUGAAAUAUCAGCGUAUUAACUUAGUCAUACCUGACGUACCCAGAAUAUUCUCUGUGUAGGCUUGUUUGCCGUUGUUUUAAAUUAAAUAUUGUUUGCUCUCUUUCGAAUCAGAGCUUCAUGAUUUGAAAUCAUCAUUUGUCUUCAAAGCAUGAAAUUUCUGGGAAAAGAUAAAAACUACAACAGAAACCGAACGUACGGAAGAAAAGUUGGAUAAAUUCCAAGACAGUAAUCUGUAAAUUGUUUUAAAGUACAACGCAUGACUUCUGUAUGAAUUUUUUUUUAGUACUGUUACAGCAAAGUGCACUUCAGAAAAUUGUCAACUCUCUGUUCAGUGUUGCGCUUUAGAUUGCUUAUUAUUAAUAUUAUUCAACUAAAAUGAUUCCUGGAUUAAGAGCUCACAAAAUGUUUACGUUUUGGAAAGUUUUAACAAAAUUUUGUUAUCAAUAUGAAGUACAUGUCAAAGACUAGUUCAUGCACAUUAAUUUUAAUCCACAGACCUACAGCGUCUGUAAUAAUAUUACAGAAAGGGUUAUUUUCAUAGUUUGUGUGUCACAUAAUGUAUAUCAUGUUUGGAAAAGUGAUGAAAGUGCCAUGAUAAAUUGUUACAUAUGAGAGCCAGGAUAAUGGUUGCAUUAUAAGAACUGUAAAAUUUGUAAGGUAGUUUUCAUGUGAUCCCUAGAACUUCCAAGUUUUUCUUGAACCUGGUAUAUCCGAUAUAAUUUUAUGAAGCGCAGUAUUUGGUGUAGCCAAAUUUUCAGUGCUUGUGGAAUAAAGGCUUAUUGGAAGAGCUAGGAGAAACCAUGGGGAUGUGUUGGUUUUGAAAGUCAUUAUAAUUCAUCAAAUUGUUUUAACUAUUACAAUAAAUUGCAAUUCUGAACAAAUGUGACAAAACAAAACAGUUUAUAAGUGUAAAAAAAAUGGAUGUUUUUGUCAAAGUCUUGCCAUCUGUUGGUAAUUUGUAUUGCAUUUCUAAUAGAUGCAACAUAUAGCAUUUUUAUAUUGAUCACCACUUUCGUGUUAACGUUUUCACUCCUGGAGCAAAUCAGGGACUCUUGUAUGGUGGUUCUAUGCUGUGGAUGAACACCUAUGUUUUCUUUCACAUUAUAAAUUUGUAUGUCAGUAUUUUACACAAUAAAAUGUGGAAUUUUUGCACAGAUUUUACUUCGGCUACUUCUGGAAGUGAAAGGCCAGGGCGAAUGACUGAAAUUCCUGCUGCAAUGUGGCAUAUUAUGUAGUGAUCAUAUUUCCCUUCAGUAGAAAUGAGGCAUAAAGGGGUUAUGUCUUGCUAUUUGCUAUCUUUUUAAAUAGCUAAAACAUGUCUUCACAUUAAUGGAAUUCAAAAAUAACAGUCUGGACAGUUUUGAUCUUUAAGACUAUAUUUAGGUUCUGAAACUGUUUCCUGCUGUCUCUGUUAUAAGGGAUGGUACGGAUGAACGUGGAUUAAAACGUGAAAAAUCUGGCUUAACCUUUUCAAGUUUUAAUGAUGUGCCCGCAAAAUUCACCCCAAACUUUAUUACGAUCAGUGCUACCUUAUGGAGUUUGUUUCAUAUGAUCUUAAUAACUUUACAGUCCUGAACAUUUUGUGUGCAGGUCGCGUAGCCCCUUUAACGCUAAAUAGCAGAAACAGUUUACGCAUUUGGUUUUAAAGACUAUAAGGUCACAUGUGGGACUGAAAAAAAAAACGUGCUAAAAUGAUUAACUUAAGAAUAGGAAAGAAAUGGAACCACCAAAUUUUUGAAUCAGAUGAUCUUGUUUUUCUGGAUUAACUUCAGAAAGUCAAAAGGGAAAUCAACCACCGGGAAGCAUAGAUCACAUCAUGGCUUUUAUAUAUUUUGGCUAGUGGAUUGAAAUAUAAUAGUGCAACAUCUUAACAAGAAUCGCUGCAAUAAGCUUCUUGUAAAAUACAUGUAAUGUAGUCACUCCUGCUGAAACAAGUGAAGUAGUAUGAAGUGAAGAAAGUUUGUGUUUUUAUGCUCUGUAAAGCUCUUGAAAGCUCUGUGAAGACGUGCUGAAUAUCAAGUCUUUUCAAGUGACACAGAAGUUAUAUAUGAACAAGUUAUAAGCAGAAAUCUGGUAGCAAAAUACAUAGGAGUACUAUAAAAUUGUAUUUUUUUACACUCUGUACAUCUCAAUGCUUUUGAGUCACAUAAUAUUUCUUAGAUUAUUAAUUUAGCAAGGCCAUAUUAUACGGCACAAAUGAAAGUGAAAGACCACUGAGGGUGGCCAGUAUCGAAUUUCUCACUAAAAUAUCAUUGAGAAAUAAAUAUAAGAUCGUUGCAGUGGUAAUGCAAUUUAAGAAAUUGCAAAUUAUCGCAGAAAAAAAGUUUUGGAACUUCAAUGAGAUUUGAACCCAGAGGCCAUGGGUUUGAACCUAGUGAAGUCCCCAAAUUUUUUUUCAUGUUAAUUUGCAAUAAUUUUGCUUAAAUUGCAAUUACCACUGAGACAAUCAUAUCCUCAUUAAACUUUGUAGUUCCCUAGUUCAUAUUAUCUUCACUCUAAAAUAUCAUUGCUCAUUCAAACAGAGGUCUUCUGAAUAAAAGAAAUGUCAAAUUAAGAAUUUCAUGAUUGCUGAACAAAUUCUUCUCAUCCAAACCACAUGUGUUGAGAAUAUAAAAAUGGUUAAUUAAAUAAGUGCAAAAGACAGCAAAUUAUGGCAGAAGAGUAACUUACUGCAGCCCCUUGUAACUGGAUCAGUCUACAGAGUGAAACUAGAUAAAAUUUGGAACAAGCAAGGUUAAAAUUGUGCUAGCCUGUGGGUGCUCUUAUGUUAUAGAACAAAUGAACUUCCAAGUGCAAGAGUCGUCCUGAUCUAUUAUAAAGAGCAUUUUCACAGUGUUCUUAUAAGUUUUUCUUACAUAUACUUAAAGGAUUAACAGGACAUAUCUGUUGAAAAGAAAAUCCAUAUAUUGAUUUCUUUUUCUGUUUUGCAGCCAUGGGACCCAAAGAGUGUUUUCAUGCCGAGGGAUUGGCCUGGCAGUAGACUGGUUUCUUCACAGAAACCACCGCAACAUAAAGGUGUUCGUGCCGAUGUGGCGAGCCAAAUCAUCAAGACCUGAAUCACCUAUUGUUGACCAGGACGUUUUAAAGAGACUUGAGGCAGAUGGCAUCCUUGUUUGGACUCCAAGCCGACAAGUCACUAGUGGGCGCAUUAUUAAAUGCUACGAUGACAGGUAUAUAAUAAAGCAUGCCUCAGAAACAGAUGGUGUCAUAGUGUCUAACGAUAACUUCAAAGACUUGAUGUCGGAAAGCCAUGAGUGGAAAAAGGUGAUUGAGCAGAGACUACUCAUGUAUACCUUUGUAGAUGACAAGUUUAUGCCUCCUGAUGAUCCUCUAGGACGACACGGUCCGACCCUCAGUGAAUUCUUAAAGAAAGGCUGUGGGAAAUUAUGUCCAUAUGAGAGGCACUGCACCUAUGGAAACAGGUGUAAGUUUCUACAUCCCGAGAGAAACCCUCUCAAAGUAGAAGCAGAUUCAUUGUCAACAUGUAAAGAACACCUUCCGCCAGAGGUUCCAUAUGGUCAGGUGAAGAGAAGACCUCUGCCGCCAUGCCCACCGGAACACCAGUACUCUAGGCCCCUCCCUCCUGCCCCCUUGGAAUAUCACAAACCGCUGCCCCUUCCGCCACAAGGGGAAUUUCCACAACAGAUGGCCAGAGUGUUCCCCCCAACAUUACGCACAGGCCAGACGGUUGGUAUUGGUCAGCGACGGUCAGACCCCUUACCCUAUCGUAAGGAGCUGCCUCCUGAUGUACAGAUAAUGCAAGAGAAAUUUGAGAGAACUCUUAGCGAGCCAUUGUUCCAAGAUCAGGCUUGUGGGAGAGUACCACCAAAUCAAUUAUUACGAAGAGGAAGCCUGCCUCCACAAACUUAUCCACCACCAUACUCACCCGGGCCCCCAGAAAUCAUGAUGCAUCGCUCUUUGCCAAGGAUUCCCAAUGACAAUGGCAUGAUCAGUAGAGACUGGAUGUACCCAGGACAGGGUUACCCAUUUACGCCUCAUUUUCCUUCCAACCCGCCAGUCAGCAGCCAGUCGCCAGUGUAUCAAAGCCCUCAAACCACAUCACUGCCACCAACAAAUCCCUGGCCAGGUAUGCAGCCAUUCCAUUACCAGUACGGUCCGGAUAACUUUGCUCCCGGUCCAUUCCAUCAUGUACCUGGUUUUAAUGGACGCACACCAUACCAUGGUCAGGGAAACAGCUAUUUCAGGUCACGAGCCCCUCCCAUUAUUGGUGGUUGGUGCGGCGAUGUGACUGAUAACCCUAAGGAAGGAGGAACCUCAUCAACCCUUGAAGUCGAGAAACUUCGUAUCGAAGCUUAUGAAAAGCUGUGUGAAGUCUUCCCUGAUGACGUGGAGAAAGUGCUCGAAAUACUUGAUAAAUAUUCUGAAGAAACAGAUGUUCAGAAGUUGACACUGUAUGUGUUAGAUGAGAAAGACAGUGGUGCUUAAACAUUGCUAAAUAAAUAUCAUUAUUUGUGCCAGUUUACGUUCCUUGAACAAAGCCAAUUAAUAAGUUAAAUAAUAAUUGCCUUAGAGGAUAAAUAGUUUAUGAAAAUAAUUGCACAGCAUGUCAACAUAAUGCAAAACAGUUUUUACUUAAAGAUUGUGUGCUUUUUUCUAGAGUCAUUACAAAGAUAUUUGCUAUUGUAAAUACACCAUAUUUUGUAUUACUAAUAUUAUUGUUUUGGAUUUUACUUUCAAAAGGAGGAAAUCACCAGAAACUUAAAAUAAAUUCACCGGACCAGUCUCAUUGCAACAAAGUUAGCAUUAGGCUUCAAUACUUUUACAUUUCAAUCAUUUUAUAAAUGUAAUUACCCCUUAUUUUUAUUGAGGUGUUUAAUCGAAAUAAGAAGAGUGUAUAUUCGUGCAGGAUGGACGUUGAACUGUUUAAGUUCGUCAAUUGAUGUUGACAUGCUGGUUUUUUUGAUAAGUUUAAUUUUGCUAACUAUACAGUGUUUUUGUUUCUGCAUGGGUAAUAGAGUUAUUGUUAGUGUUCCAUGUUGUUAAUUUCUACUGAAAAUCUGUAAUUAUGAUUCAUCCUUACUAUCCCAAAGGGAAAGAUAUUGUAUAAUUAAGGGAUAUAGAGCAGUUAAUCUCAAUUAACAUUCUGUCGUGCUAAUCUGUGUGUCAGAAAAAACAGUGUAGUGCUCUUCUCAAUUUUAAGUAGGUAAGAAUUACUUGAAAGUUGUUUGCAAUAAUGGUGUUUGUAAUUUUACAAUAAUUAGGAAGAACUGAAGUGCAUAAUUAUUUAGAACAUAUUAUUUUUGAAUUGGACUGGACUUGAUGCACUUCUUGCUGGUCAAGAUGCAAGCCUUGCUGGACAAGAGGUCGGGCAGCGUAUGUUCUGGUAUUCUUGCAUGUGAUCAUCUAAUUUUCAGUGAUACUAAAUUUUCAUUGUGAAGAAACCAGGCAGAGGAUGUUAAGACACUGUUUCUCUAUUCAAGGGCCUUAUUUCUUCACUUUGCAUGCCAAAUUAUUGAAUAUGUGGAGUUAUUUACUUUGGACAGACUCAAGUCUUCCUUAUACUCCAAAGAGCAUUUAUGUUAUUUCAUGGUUCUUACCGUAUUUACACUGUAUUAUCAGUAAUAAUUAUCAGAUUAGUGGUGGGAGUUAAGACAUUCAUCAACUCGCAUGUGUAACUAAGUUGAUGAAACAGCUAAUACUCUUAACAUGCAACCGGCAUGUAAUGAUAAGACUUGUAUGAUAUUCAUUGAGGAGAAUUAAUAAUAUGAACUCAAGAGGUUGUCUGGUACUUUUAUUUACAGUUCCAUUGGUGGUAAAUUAAUCUUACAGUAAAAUGGUGUCGAGUGGUUGUUUAAAAAAUCCUUAAUGUUAAGGCUAAGUUUUUAAAAACAUUUCACUCCAUCUGCUUUUUUAAUUCAUUGGUACUCUACCAAUAUCAUAAUUCUUAAUAUGUUAAAAGUAUUAAUCUUUGUACAGGUUUUUAUCAGCUUUUUCUGAUGUUUUCUAAUUAUUUGCAUUGCAAAGUGAUCUUAUAUCAUUUGUAGGUAUGAUAAAUUGGUAGUUUUCUCCACUGCUUAUUGUUAGAAACCAUGAAAGACUUGUGACAUUACCAAUUGAAAGUGGCAUUUUAUCUUAUUUUUUUGUUAUUUUUUUAUUAUUUUUUAUCUUAUUUUUUUGUUAUUAUUAAAGGCAGUUCAUCAAACUUGUUCAGUGUAGGCAUCAUAGAAAUCACAUUGAAUUUGUGCACAUUGUCCUUAAGUGGGAAAGAUAUAUCCAAGUUUAUAAUCUCUUAUCAGUGAGAACUUGUUUAAUUGUAGCAUUUUCUUGAGAUGGUCUGUUGUGAAAAUUUUUUUGUUGUUUUUAAUUUAAAAAUAAAGCCAUUUUCUACUUUUGGAAAUCAAACAAGUCUAGCGUGACUAUUAACAAUACGUGUGGUGUGAGAGUGCUCUUUGUGAGAGCAUUCACUUGUAAGUUAGUUUACAUUAGAAGAAAACUGAUGUGUAAUUUUGUGCAGUUACUAGGAAAAGUGUGCUGAUAUCAUACAGCAACUUGACGAGUUUCUAAUGAAACUGACAUUAAAGCUGCAAAAAAAAAGAAGCUUUGUUUGUUGUCUUGGUUAGAACAUGAGUGCUUACAUUGUCAAAUUGAGAAAUGAUUGUUAGGCAGCUUGAUUAUUUUU